AUGGCGCAACGGUUGAGGGAUCGGUUUUGUGUUGCUGGUUUCCUCACUGACCAGGGUUCAAUUCGUGCCCGCUACGUCGCACAUCCUGACUCGCCCGGAAAAGCUGUAUGGGGCUAUCGGCUUCCCUCCGGUUUGUCCUACUUGGUAAGAAGUCUUGGUUAUGAUACGGGAGUGAUGAGUGGAGCAAUGAUCUACAUACAGAGGGAUCUUAAAAUCUCCGAUGUCCAAAAAGAAGUCUUGGUGGCAACCAUCAACGUCUACUCUUUUCUGGGUUCAGCCAUUGCUGGUCUGACGUGCGACUGGGUAGGCCGACGAUACACCAUAGCCAUGGCCGGAGUAAUCUUCUUCGCCGGGGCCUUUUUGAUGGCAUUUGCCACCAACUAUGCCUUCCUUAUGGUCGGCCGGUUUGUCACCGGAAUUGGGUUGGGUAUGCUCGGAGAUUUUCCCCCUGAGGUUAAGGGAUCUGGGAAGCGGCUUGGCAGUGGCCAUGAACAGGUUGAUCAGCGGGGAAAUUCUAAUGGCCUCAUUUCAAUGUACAAGGUCAUCACCAUAGGCGGGGCAUUUUUUUUGUUCGGUGGAAUUGCAUUUGUGGCCUUCGUUUUCUUCUUUACACUGCUGCCGGAGACGAGGGGUAGAGGCCUUGAGGAGAUGGAGGAAAUGUUUGGCACCUUUUGCAAGUGGAGGUCCACAUUCGAAGAGUUGGAGGAAAGAAAUAAAUUGAAAGCUGAAGAGGAGGCGAGGAACGAUGUCGCUUAG